GGCCCCCGUGGGGCUGUCCGCGGCCGCGCCGGACUCAGCCUACCCUGUGGCCUGUUCCGGCAACUCCUACCCCUGCCUGCGGUGCGGUGUGGCCCUCGGGCCUCGAGAAUUCAGCCGCAGCCCGAGGCCCGCAGUUUGAUCAGAAGCAGUCGCGGCAGGCGGUGGGGAAGGCGGUCUGGGUCGGAGGCUGAGACGCUGCUCGGGCUCCAGCAUGGCGGCCGCGGUGCGCGCUGUGUGCCGCUUCCCUGCGCUGUGCGGCGGGUCUGCGGUUCAUUUAUGGUCCAGGCAGCUUUCCCUAAAUGCCUGUCCAGCAACUUCCAUUUUGGCAUUGAAGCCCACUCUCAGCAAUGGUCCUUUGUCAUUGCUGGCAACCAGAGACAACCGUCAGUACACCAGCUUGAGCCACGCGCUGCAGGCACAGUGCUGUAUUUCUUCUCCCAGUGACUUGAUGGGCCAGCAGUAUAGACCAUAUAGUUUCUUCACUAAAUUGACAGCAGAUGAGCUAUGGAAAGGUGCUCUAGCAGAGAGUGGUGCUGGAGCAAGAAAAGGAAGAGGCAAAAGAACUAAGAAAAAGAGAAGAAAGGAUUUGAACAGGGGUCAGAUCAUUGGUGAAGGGCGUCGUGGUUUCCUGUGGCCUGGUCUGAAUGUCCCUCUUAUGAAAAAUGGAGCAGUUCAGACCAUUGCCCAAAGAAGCAAAGAAGAGCAGGAGAAGGUGGAGGCUGACAUGGUACAGCAGAGAGAAGAGUGGGAACGGAAGAGGAAGAUGAAGGUUAAACGGGAGCGAGGAUGGAGCGGGAAUUCAUGGGGCGGCGUCAGUCUUGGCCCUCCUGACCCUGGUCCCAAUGGAGAAACAUAUGAGGAUUUUGAUACCAGGAUACUUGAGGUGAGAAAUGUUUUCAAUAUGACAGCAAAAGAGGGAAGAAAGAAAUCAGUCCGGGUCCUGGUUGCCGUGGGGAAUGGAAAAGGAGCGGCAGGUGAACGGGGCGUGGGGAUACCUGUGGUGGUGGUGGUAUGGCGGAGGACAGGCUGUGCCGUGGAGGCCAUGAGUUCAUGCUGCUGGCCAGACCUUUUCUCAUUAAACCUUUAUGUGAUUUGGCCUCAUAAACUUUGUAAACCCAUAAUAGCCCUUAGAGAGAAAAGAAAGAUAGGUCUUUCUGCAUCUUCUUUUCCCUCUGAGGAUAUUUUGAAAGACUUAAGACAUUAUUAUGCAAAGAACAAAGCAAUUCACUAUUUGCAUUACAUAGAACGAUAUGAAGACCAUACGAUAUUCCAUGAUAUUUCUUUAAGAUAUAAAAGGACAUAUAUCAAGAUGAAGAAACAACCCAGAGGUCACGGCCUCCGCUGCCACAGGGCCAUCACCACCAUUUGCCGGCUCAUUGGCAUCAAAGACAUGUAUGCCAAGGUCUCUGGUUCUGUCAACAUGGUCAACCUCACCCGGGGCCUCUUCCGUGGGCUCUCCCGACAGGAAACCCAUCAACAGCUGGCUGAUAAGAAGGGUCUCCAUGUUGUCGAAUUCCGGGAGGAAUGUGGUCCUCUGCCCAUUGUGGUUGCCUCCCCCCAGGGAGCCUUGAGAAAGGAUCCAGAGCCAGAAGAUGAGGUUCCAGAUGUCAAACUGGACUGGGAAGAAGUGAAGGCUGCACAGGGCAUGAAGCACUCUGUGUGGGCAGGUUUAAAGAGAGCCGCCACAUAACCUUCACUCUGGCUUUGUACAGGCAGUGCCUGGUGCUGUUCAGCACCUAGGAGAGAGACUCAACCCCUCACACCUUGGGAUGUUGCCCUUUUUUGGGGGGGAAGUGGGGAUGGGUAUCCAACCUUAUCUCCUCUGUUUACAAAUAAAUUAUAGCUUUCAUUUAUUGACCAUA